GGGACUUGAACACGGUCAGCGGUAGAAGGAAGACAAACGUUAAACAAACCGGCAACCAAGAUGGCAGGAAAUCUCGCUAAAAUCGGAAAAGUACUGGGUCAACUAAGCACCACUUCAACUAAAGUGUGUGCCCCAGCCGUUGCCACUCAAAAUCGCAACUAUGGUACCGGAAAGAGGAUUGAAGUUGCACGGCCUGUUGUUGACCUUGAUGGAGAUGAAAUGACCCGCAUCAUUUGGGAAAAAAUUAAGGAAACCCUGAUUUUUCCCUAUUUAAAGAUUGAGUCCCUCUACUUUGAUCUUGGUCUUCCCUACCGUGACCAGACUGAUGAUCAAGUCACCUUUGAUGCAGCUUAUGCCAUCUUGAAACACCAUGUUGGCAUCAAGUGUGCUACUAUCACACCUGAUGAACAACGUGUUGAAGAAUUCAAAUUGAAGAAAAUGUGGCCCAGCCCGAAUGGAACGAUUCGUAACAUUUUGGGUGGUACCGUUUUCCGUGAGCCCAUCCUUUGCAAAACUAUUCCACGCCUCGUCCCCGGUUGGACGCAACCCAUAGUCAUCGGUCGCCAUGCUUUUGGUGACCAGUACAAGGCCACUGACUUUGUCGUCCCCAAGGCUGGCAAAGUAGAACUAGUCUUCUCUCCAAAAGAUGGAUCUCAGCCCAUCCACUACCCAAUGUACGAGUUUAAAGACGGCGGUGUGGCAAUGGGAAUGUACAACACGGAUGAAUCCAUCCGUGCUUUCGCCCACUCUAGCUUCCAGAUGGCCAUCAACAAGAAAUACCCACUGUACAUGUCUACCAAAAACACAAUCCUGAAGCGAUAUGACGGUCGUUUCAAGGAUAUCUUCCAAGAUAUCUAUGAAAAGACAUACGAGCCUGAGUUCAAGAAACUUGGCAUCUGGUAUGAGCACCGUCUGAUUGACGAUAUGGUUGCACAAGGAAUCAAAAGCUCCGGUGGAUUCGUAUGGGCCUGCAAGAACUAUGAUGGUGAUGUCCAGUCUGAUGUCGUCGCACAGGGUUACGGAUCUCUGGGUUUGAUGACUUCAGUAUUGAUUUGCCCUGAUGGAAAGACCGUAGAAUCUGAAGCUGCUCACGGAACUGUCACACGUCAUUACAGAGAACACCAGAAGGGUAAAUCCACUUCCACUAACCCAAUUGCCUCCAUCUUCGCCUGGACCCGUGGUCUAGAGCACCGUGCUAAGUUGGAUAACAACGCCGAACUUGCCCGAUUUGCUCUGUUGCUCGAAAAGUCAUGCGUCGAUGUCGUCGACUCUGGAAAGAUGACCAAAGAUCUUGCUAUUUGCGUUCAUGGCAUGUCCAAUACCAAGGAAGGCAUGUACUUGAACACCAUGGAUUUCCUCAAUGCUAUUUCUGAAGAUUUGAGCAAAAAAAUGUCCAGCUAAAUCGUACCUUCAUUUCCAACUGCUGGUACGAUUAGUAUCUGUGCAACGUCCCUUCACGUUAUUGUUGUGUAGGCCAAAGCAAUACACAUCCAUAUUGUGUA